AUGUGGGUCACUUUGUUAGUGUUGGCGCUGUUGGCGGCCACCUACUGGGUCCGGCAGCGUCUGUCCUACUGGAAGCAGCGUGGAGUGCCCUACGUAGAGCCGUCAUUCCCACAGGGAAACCUACAAGGCGUCGGCAAGAAGUACCACAUCUCCCAGGUGCUUCAGAACUGCUACAAACAGCUGAAAGGAUUAGGCCACCCGUUCGGUGGCUUCUACUUCUUCAUCAACCCGUCGGCCCUGCUCCUGGAUUUGGAUCUGAUAAAGACCGUGCUGGUGAAGGACUUCGCCCACUUCCACGAUCGCAACGUGUACCACAAUGACCGCGAUGAUCCUCUUUCGCGCCAUCUAUUCGCCAUGGAGGGUGCCAAGUGGCGUAAUCUGCGCGCCAAGCUAACGCCUACGUUUACCUCCGGAAAGAUGAAGAUGAUGUUCGCUACGGUGACGGCAGUGGCGGACCAGUUCACGCAUUGUCUAACGGAGACGAUCGCGGGCAAUUCGGAGGUUGAAAUGAAGGAUCUGCUGUCACGGUUCACGACCGACGUGAUUGGCUCCGUUGCGUUCGGGCUCGAGUGUAAUAGCUUGAAAGAUCCGCAGGCCAAGUUCCGCGUCAUGGGCCGCAAAGUGUUCACACCGUCGUCGUAUCUAGUUAUGAAGAACUUCUUAGCCGCCCAGUUCCAGGGCCUGGCACACCUGCUACGCGUAACGCAAACGCCACAGGACAUUUCCGAAUUUUUCAUGGGCGUGGUGAAGGACACGGUUCAAUACCGCGAGAAGAACAAUGUGCAGCGGAACGAUUUUAUGACGCUGCUGAUGAAUAUUAUGAAGGACCAGGAAAAGGCGAUGCCGGGGACAAACGAUUUCGGGGACCGCCUCACGAUGGAAGAUAUGGCUGCCCAGGCAUUCGUGUUCUUCCUGGCCGGCUUUGAGACGUCUUCCACAACGAUGUCCUUCUGUCUGUACGAGUUGGCGCUCCACCCGGAACUCGUUCAACAGGAAGCCCACGUCAUCAUCGUGGCGGAAGUUUCAAAUCCGGCAGCAAAGAACAGGAACGCCUGUGCGGCUACCUCGUUGAACGUGAGCGUAUCAUCGCCGUUAGCGUCCGACGACUCCGGCCGUGCCUCGUCCAGCAUUCCGAUCAGUAGCUGCAUGAAAUCGUUGCGCUUGAUGCCAUGUUUCAACCGCGUGUCGAUCGUGUCGCGCACCACUCUCAGGAAGUACUCGGAUACGUCCCGUUGCAGAAAGCGAAUGCCGAGCUUGCGGGACAACUUCGGCAUGACCAAGAUCAUGAACCCGGUCACCCCGGACGGUGCCUUCUCGUUGAUCUUGCGUCCCAUCACCCGGAACUCGGCCUCGGGGUCCUUCAGACAGUUGCAGUCAAUACCGAAUGCACACGUCCCAAUCACGUCCGUCGUGAAGCGUGCCACUAGAUCCAACAGGUUCAGUACGCUGCCCUCAUCCGCGGCGACCACUUCCUGGAGGUGGUCGGCAAACUGUCUGCCAACCGCCACCAUCGUCGGGAACAUCAUCUUCAUCUUGCCGGAGACAUCCUGUAAAGCUGACAAGACGUGUACCUUACUUCCGACGCCCUUGAAGAUACCGUACAAAAACAGUGGCUCCAGUCGCGCAGGUAACGACCACCAGAUCACAUCACCAGACACAUCUGUCAUGUUUCUGCAUCUACUCCUCCUAACGCUCCUACUGGGCGUGCUGUGGGUUCGUCGCCGGUUCUCGCACUGGAAAGAUCGCGGAGUCCAGUACGUGGAGCCAACGUUCCCCCAUGGCAACCUGGCCGGAAUGGGCAGUACGCUCCACAUGGCGGACAUCAUCCGCAGCGUGUACGGGCAGCUGAAGGGCAAGACGGGUGGAUUGGGAUUCGCCGGCAUGUACUUCUUCCUCAACCCCGUCACGGUGGUGUUCGAUCUGGAGCUAGUGAAAAAUGUGCUCGUGAAGGACUUCCAGUACUUCCACGACCGCUCGGUGUACCACAACGAGAAAGACGACCCGCUGUCGGCGCACCUGUUUGCGAUGGAGGGCACCAAGUGGCGCUCGCUGCGCUCGAAGCUAACCCCGACGUUCACGUCCGGCAAGAUGAAGAUGAUGUUCCCCACCAUCCGGGCGGUGACCGAAGAGUUUAGCAAGUGCGUCGCCGGCACGAUCAAAAUCGACCCCGAGCUGGAACUGAAAGAGCUACUGGCCCGCUUCACCACCGACGUGAUCGGGAACUGUGCGUUCGGAUUGGACUGCAACAGCUUGAAGGAUGCCGAUGCCGAGUUUCGGCGGAUGGGCAAAAAAGUGUUCCAGGUGACCCGGUUUGCCCUGGUGAAGCGCUUCCUUGCCUCGCAGUAUCCGAACGUGGCCCGCCGGUUGGGCGUGACCAAUAAUGGGAAAGAUGUGUCCAAGUUCUUCCUUAACGCGGUACGCGAAACGAUCCAGUAUCGAAUCGCGAACAACGUCCAGCGGAACGACUUCAUGAGCCUGCUGAUGGAGUUGAUGAGGGAAGAGGAUGCGGAUCCGCUCACGAUCGAGCAGGCCACCGCGCAAGCUUUCGUGUUCUUUUUGGCCGGUUUCGAGACCUCGUCCACGGCGAUGUCGUUCUGCUUGUACGAGCUCGCCGUCAACCCGGAACUCCAGCGCAAGGCGAGAGACAAUGUGAACGAAGUACUGAAGCGUUACGACGGCACCCUGAGCUACGAGGCGCUGCAGGACAUGGACUACAUCGACAUGUGCAUCAACGAAUCCCUGCGAAAGUACUCCCCGGCUGCGACGCUAUCGAGGGUCGCCUCGAAGGACUAUCCUGUGCCCGGUACGAAGCAUUUCAUUCCGAAGGGCCAAACGGUGCUCAUACCGGUUCAUGGAAUCCAUCACGAUCCUGAGUACUACCCAGACCCGGAUCGGUACAUGCCGGAACGGUUCGACGAGCAAACCAAAGCGAGCCGCAAUCCGUAUGCCUUCCUUCCGUUCGGGGAGGGUCCCCGAAACUGCAUUGGCCUGCGGUUCGGGCUCAUGCAGGCACGGAUCGGGAUGGCUGUGUUGCUGAAGAACUUCCGCUUUACCCUAUCACCGAAGAUGCCGGUUCCACUUCGGGCGUCCCCUUCGAACACCGUGUUCACGAUUGACGGGGGUUUGUUCUUGAAGGUCCAAACAGUGUAA